CGGGCCAUGGUUGACAACCCGAGAACACUAAAUAAAUAAAUAAUGCACAAAGCGCUUCUGCGGCUAGCAGCGCUUUCUCGCAGCGCUUUUACUUCAGAAGACUCACUUUUUUUCUUUCUCGACAACAAAAGAAGCCUCGCAGCAGCUCAUCAGCAAGGAAACAUUAUAAAAAAAUAUCUGUUUUCAGCAGCAAGCACACAAUUUUUAUUCUUCGCUCAGGAGAUUGAAUCUGAGUUCCACCAGAUUUUUCUUCCAUCUUCUUUCCCAUCAAGUGCUUUCUGAUUAAACAAAAUCGACCAUGGUAGCUUCCGGAGUCCAAGUUUCCACCAACAACGAUGUGGAUGUGGACGAUUACACCUCGACCGAACUCGUGGAAGAGGAUUUCGCCACUCCCGAACAGGUCUCUUUUGCAACCAACACCAUCGUGGAAGUGACCGAUUUGUCCAACUACAAGGGUUCCUCUGUCGGAGACCGUGUCGAGAGCUUUUUGCACGAGCAUUCCGUGGCGGUGAUUGCCAAAUCGCAUUGUCCCUUUUGCCGUGAUGUCUUGGAUGUCUUGGCCAAGCAGUUGGGUGUCACGGUGCAUGUCAUCAAUGUCGACAAGAUCUCCGGCGGUGGGAACAUUCACAAGCACAUCAUCAACACAUACAAGCACCGCACCGUCCCAGCCGUCUUUGUGCGAGGACAGUUCCUGGGUGGAUGUGAUGAUGUCAAGGCUCUCCGAGCCAACGGCAAACUCGAACGGGAACUUCUCGCCGGUCUCAUUGGCAACCAGCGUGCCACCUACUCCUCCGGUAAGGUGGAGACAGCUCAUUUGGUUCCUGUCCAACGCAGCAAAGCCUGUCAUCCGCUCUUUUGGUUCCCCAAUGUGGUCAACAACUACGUCGUUCGCGUCACGGGGUUCUUCGUCUGCCUCUUUGCGGUGCUCAGCGCCGCCUUUCCCAAUGAAGACUUCCCGGGAUACGUGGCGGCCGGUCUUUUGAUUGACUUUGUCUUGCGAAUGGUCGUGGGAUCCUCGGCAUCACCACUCGGAAUGGUUGCAACCUUUCUGACCAGCCCCUUCCACCCUCAGUUCAAGCCCGGUCCGCCCAAGCAGUUUGCCGCCGCUUGCGGUACCUUCUUCUCGCUCAUGGGAACCAUCUUUUACUUUGUCGAAUUUGAAUACCAUCAGUACAUUGCCUGUGGCUUUAUGGCCGGUCUCGCCAUGGCAUCGGGCCUGGAAUGGGCAUUUGACUUUUGCCUCGGUUGUCUGUUCUACUCGUGGGGGAUCAUGUUUGGCAUUUUCCCGGACUAUGUCUACCGCAUCUACACCAGCAGUAAACAGGAAGUGGAGGAGAGUUGGGAAUACAUGCAUUACAACAGCAAUGCCCCCAAGCCUGAGAAGGUCGACUCGGAUCCCAGCAGCGCCAUUUCACUCAAGUACAAGAGGAAGACGGAUGAAUGGACCAAAGAUGAUUUCAACAUUAUCCGAAACAUGCAGGUCUCUUACUUCGCCAUGCCCUUGGCACUCUUGGCCUUGGCUGUUGCCUUCAAGAUGGGAGCCGAGUUUACUACAUCGUUCAACACUACGGGAGUCGAACGCCAGUAUGUCAUCACGGACGAAGUAUACAUGGCCGUUGGCCUCUUGGGUACCGUCAUCCUUUUGUUGUGGGCCUUGCUCUACCUUGCACGAUUCGUUCUCCACUCCCACAAGUGCAAGACGGAAUGGGAUUGCCCAAUGCGAUCUCCCAGCUUUGGUGCUCCUACCAUCUGCCUCAUGUUGAUUUCCUUCUUGAUUCACGAUGAAGAGGUGGAAGAUUAUCGACUGGAUGACAUUGCUCGCGUCAUCUUCUGGGUCGGAUCCCUCGCGCACUGCCUCUUGACCAUUGCCAAGUUGGGAGAAUGGGUUGGUAUGCGCCACGAAUUGGAGCACGUUCAUUCUCAGUGGAUGAUUCUUCCCGUUGGGUUGUCGGUGGCAGCCUUGGUGUGCCCCAUGAUCCCCUUGUUCGAUUUGGACAACGACAACGCAAGGGGAAACGUCUUGGUGGCCCGACUCUUCCAGUCUUUUGCCGUGGUCAUGUGGAUUGUGCUCUUUGUCAUCAACUUUUUGAAGGUUGUGACUUCCCACAACAGCGAUAAUCGCCUUCGUCAUGGAGUCUUCAUCUGGGUGGCCGCUCCGUGCAUCAUUGGAAUGGCAGACUAUUCCAUCUGCGUGUCGGACAAAGUGCUCCCGCUGGAGCAAUGCAAUGCAAGCUUUGUCAAUUACUUUUUCAUGGCCCUGUUCAUCUUUGCCGUUCUCUGUUGGUCCACCCUGCCGUACAUUGGCUUUUUGGGGAAAGACAAGUUCGGCAUGCAAUACUGGAUUGGAUGCUUUGCCCUCGGUGCCCUUGCGGCUUGUUCUGCUCUGAUGUAUGCCAUUUACGGAUACAACGCUCUCGAAAACCUCAUGAUCACCGCGCUCAUCAUGGCCUCGGUUGCCAAUGGCGUGUGCUUCCUCCAUACUCUUGCCUCCUUGAGUCGACGCCGUGGAGUCUUUACACCAGAGCAAAAGUGGGGUCCAUUGAGCUUCAUGAAAUUGACCCAUGAAGCGAUCCGUGGAAACAUGGAAACAAUGAGGUCAUCACUGGAUACCCUUGAUUUGAACGACAAGUCCGAUGCAGCUCGAGACCACUUGGCAGUCUUUGCCGCGCACUUCAAUCGUCUCUGCAUUGUCCACGAUGAACACAGCAAGCACGAAGACCAAGUUAUCUUCAAAGAGUUCAACGAUUGGUUCUCAAAGCAUGCCAAAAAGUACAACGACGACCACGAAGACUUCCAUGCAAAGAUUGCUUACUUCAAGAAUCUUGCCAACCUCCUUUUGAACACAAACAUAGCCAAGGAACGCCGUCAAAGCGCCCUGGACACUUUGAAGAAGGAUCUUCCUCCUUUCCUUGACUACUUCCUAGUGCAUCUAAAGGGAGAAGAGGACAACUUGAACCCCAUCGGGCGAAAGUACCUUCCUUUGCAGGUCCAAAAGCAAAUCUCCCGAAAGGUUUUCCAAAUCACUGCUUCUGAGAACUGGGAAGUGAUUAUUCCAUACGUCAUAAACAAUCUGCCUCGACAUGUCCAAAGGGUUCGCUAUCUCAAGGUUCUCCUUUGGUCCAUGCCCGAACGUGGACAGCAGAUUGGUGCCAUAGUGUACCGCAAUGUGGAUGCUGUCAUGUGGGAACGUCUUCGUGUCGAGGUUCCAGAAAUGAUCCCACGUGGUGCCUACAACUGGCGACGAUACUACUAGAGGUUGUGGUUCUCCUGCUUGCACAUGUAGAUUCUCUUUUGCAUGUCGUGAAUUGUUGUGGAUGUGCCUGUCUUCGUGGCUCCGAUAGUACAUUAAAUAAAUGUUCAUAGAUAUUCUUGCGUUUGCAGUCCA